CAUUUUAAAUGUUGUACUUAGCUGAAAAUUCGUUAUUGAUUUUUAUUAAGAUUUAAUAAGAAUUAUGAAUUAAACUGUGUUCGAUUACCAAAACAGUGUUAGUUUAGAUCCUACCUGAUUAGACCUUAUUACUUAAAAAGAAAUUCGUCAAAUUCUAAACAAUGAAGGAUCCUUUUGUUAACGAAUCUUUUAUCGAUUCGCCAGCAAAAGACAGUCUGAGUAAUAUUGAUGGCUGUUAUAGAAAAAACUUCUUCAAUAACAAAUCUUUCAUGAAUUCACGCCGUGCCUUACAAACUGGUGCCGAAAAAAUAUCGAAAACAUUCAAGAGUGUAAGAAACACUUUCGACAAUUUAACACAGCAUUUCAGAGUUGGUGGUCGACGAAGGCACCGGCUUACUGAAACUACUUCUCCAUGUCGAACGCCUGCAACACCAGUUAAAAAAAUUAGACAGAUUGUAGGAAGAAGUCCAACCAAGUUGUACAGCCCCUUCGGCAUUGAGACACCCAGGAACAGAGACUUCAGAAUCUCGCCGUACAUGCCAAACACUCCUGAACAUGAUAUAUCACCAAAAAGGCGAAAGGGCCCUCGAUCGUGGCACCUCUUGGCCAAAAAGAGGCCUCGCGCUCUUUUUCAAUGAAUAAUCUUUUAUUGAAGUAUUUCAUUGCACAAAAAUAUGCCCCACCGCUUACUGUAAGCUUUGUAUUUAUUCAUAUUUAUACCAGUUGGUGCUAAUGUGACUAAGAUGGAUGUUGUAAAAAGUUAACUGUUAAAAUGUUUAUGCGACAUUAACAUUUGUAUUUUCAAAAUAACUAGCUUAAAUUACAGUAAAGUGAUUUUUUUUAAAUGGCUUAACUCACGGUUUGUCGGAUACUAAUUUCGGACCAUUCGGAGGUCCUUCAUUCACUCACCCUGAGUGCAGUGAGUUCGUAUUAAUAGUAGGUAAAUGUCCCGUCUAAAACUGCGGAUUUGCGCACGGAAGCACUGAAACUAUUGUGUCACUAUGGGUGUUCACGGGUUCACAAAAUGUAUUAACUAUUAACAAUGUCCUCUACGUAAUCAUCAGCACUAUGGGUCUUGUUCCGAGAUGCUAUUAACAGCACGGGAUUCCUCGUAAAAUAAAACCGUUUUAAUCAAAUAAAGUUUAUAAUGUCUCACAAAAGUUUUAGUAAAGUGAUUGCCUAAACCUGCGGUUAAACUUAUUCAAGAUAUUGCAAAAUUUCCCGUUAGUGCUAUUGUUGAAAAGCAUUUUGGUAUUUCUUAUAUUAUCUUUGUCCUUUACUAGAAAAGGCAAUGAUUUGUAAUCCGAAAUAUGGCCAAUUAAUUUUUUCGGUUUGCCAAAAAAAUAUUACUGUAAGAGUUAAUUUUUUUACAACAUAUAUUGAGAGAAUGGCUUGUGGUUGCUUGUUAUUAUACUAAGUACUGUAUUCGUAUUGUGUCUGUAUUAUCAAUAAUAUUUUUGAGAUAUUUGCUGUAUUUUUGACAGUACUGUGUCUGUACCUGUUAAAACUAAGUUCUGACCUCAUCAACACCUUUCACGAUUGCUCUCCAAGAACCGUUUUCUUAGGUCCAUAUCUAUUUAAGAAAGAGUCCCAAUACCCAUGGUCAACUGUAUUGUCUCUUUUGAGUACAUUAACGAAGACAAUGUUAUAUUAUGUAUACUUGAGUAUGGAUUUAAGUGCUGAGACAUCUUCCGGAAUAUAGACUUAAAAGUAGUCUGUAGGCAUCAUAUAACGGAGGUUAUUUACGUUGCUUUUGUUGCUGAGAUUUGUUCACGUAGCUCAAUUAACUAUGGUAAGGUAAAUUAAUAAUUAUUUGCUGUAUUGAGCAAUAAAUGAGCUAAUAAUUAUAUUCAUGUUAUUUAGAGGCUAAUUUGCUCUAAAUGUAUCGUCAAUAAUCUGUAGAAAGUGAAUAUAUUUAUAUUAUUAUUAUUAUGUGCAUUUAUAGGUACUUUUUACUUCAGUAUAAAUAACUUGCAGUCAUUAUAUUAGGUAUGUAAUGUAAUUUGCAUUACUUACUGCAUUUUUAAUACUUUCAGUAUUCAGUGUUCAAAUCAGUAUUAGAAAAAAAUCUGCUGAUCUUAGUUGCGUGUUGAUGUUGGCGGAAAACUGAUCCAAAAGUGUAUGAUUUAUAUUUAAUUUUCUAUAGUUAUGUCCUAAGGAAAUGUUAAAAGAAUUUCUUAAGUAAUAAGCAAACAUUUUUUGCUAAUUUAUACUGUAGGUAUAAAGUAUAUAAAACUAAAAAUGAAAUAAUUUUUUUUGAUAUAAUAAUCGACGUACAGAUCAAUAUUGAAGGUCCAACUUACAUUAAGUAGGUAUUUGAUAUAACAGUGACUUGUCCAAUAAUUGAAUGGAUGGUAUAGUUGUUGAAAAUCACGAUUGCGCGGGACUACUUCGCUGUAUUGAAGUAAUAAUACUCAUUUUAUUAGCAGAAAAUACUUUUAGUCAAUAAAAAAAGUUUCUUAACAAUAUUAAAUAAAAUACAAUUAUGAAUAAAUAAUCAUUCUAUUAUCAUUUAUACAAUAGUAACUUUCCUCACACUUCAGUGUCGAAUCUUUUCAAAAUCGAAAUAUAAGAAGAGCGUUUUGGACAUUUUAUGGCGUGGGAAAACACCCAACAGAUGUUGUCAAUAUCGUUUUGUGGCUUAAAAAGGCAGCUUAAUUAUUUUUUAAUACAUGUCAUGUUUUGCUUACAUUGCUAGCAGCAAAACCCAGAUAUUUUCGAUGCAGUUUAACCAGGAUUGAAUAUGGGUUUUCCUACUUUAUAAUCAUGAUUAUUGGCCACAAUGAAUAAUCAGCGGUAACGUUGUGAAAACGAUUUAUGCUAUAUAACGCCCACUCCUACUUCAUGCAAAGGUUGCACUCUCGUGAACUUUAACAACUAUACCUAGAUUCUUAUCCUAAAUGUAGUUCUCGCUACUGCCUUACUAUUAAUAUUUGUAAAAGUAUUAACUAUUAACCAUAUCUGUAUUAAAUGCGCCAAAAUGUGUAACGUUAUGUAUUCCAAAUGUAGAAUAAGUUUUUAUUACGCUUUAUCGACAAUAUUGUAAGUCGGCAGUUUUAGGUUAGGAUUUUUAUAAUGUUUGUGACGUUCGCUCAAAAUCGGUGUUGCCAGCUACUGGUUACAUAUUUAAAUGUUAGGUAAAUGUAAGACUGAUUUUCAUCAGAAGUAUUAGACAGAGGCUUGCUUAAUUUUUUUAAACAUUUUUAUUUUGCAUUAUAAUCUAAAAAAGGAAUGUCUUUUCUACGGGUUCGUAAUGAAUAAUUUUAAAAUGUGUGUAUAACGAAUGAUAAAAAUAAAGGGAGUUGUAUGUAUCUAUAACAUUUUUGGCUAAAAUAAAAUAGCAGUAGUAGGUACUUACCAACUUAGCUGUAGAGAGAUACCUAUGAAUCAAAAUUUCUGGAAAUAAAUUCAUUCGACUUAACAGUUAAAUCUCAUUUGGGAUGGGGAGCAAAAUCACGAAGCAAGGAAACUACAAGAUUCUAAUUUCAAAUGUAAAAUAAAAAAGUAUUAACUACUUUCAUAAUAUAUCAUUUAUAUAUUAAAUAUAUUGAAGAAAAUCAACAAUCAUCUGGUAAUAAAAGGAUUUGUCUGCUUUAUGAUUUUUAGAGCAUACCUAGGUAUAUAUGGAACAGAUUGUUCAGAAGAAAAUGGCAUGCUUUUAAUUAUAUAUGAAUAUAUUUAUUCUUUGUACUGGUGCAAAAUAAGUUUACAUAUACAUGACGAAUCUUUUUAUAACACGACUACGACUAACGGCCAUUCCCAAUACACUAUCUACAGAUAGAGAUAAAUUACUACUUUCACUAAUUAGCUGUCAUUCUUAUCGCCUUAUAUUGGGACGCGUGAAUUGCAAUUUCCAUACAAACUGCUAUCGGUGGUAAGCUAUACGUCGUCCCAUUGACAGACAGCGUGUAACGAUAAGGUGAGUUACCGUCGAUAAGUUUAUUGGGACAGAAAAGUCAACGAUAGUUUCGAUUUUUGUUUCAAGUCGAUAGACUGAAUAUUGGGAACGGCCGUUACUAACAAUAAUUUUUAAUAAGUUAUAAUUUAUAACAGGUACCUAGUAUGUAGGUAUGGUUUUUAUCGGACGAAUAAUCAGUCUGAGAUUAUAUUCCUUAUUUUAUUUAUCAAAUAUUUAAUGCUCUCAAUAAACGAAUAAAAUAAA